UGUGCACGUUGCAUGUGGAGCUCACGUUGUUUCCUGUGUGCGUCACAUGUGCCAACUUGUUGUUGUCAUCGCUAGGGACUGUGGUGUGUGUGUGUGUGUGCUCGUGUGCUGGCAGAUCAACAAGGAAACGUGUGGAUCAGUGUGUUGCUUUGUUUUGCUCUGAGCUGUUUUUAAACAAGAGUCUCAAACACAGACUGUUGUUUGUAGCCCUGUUGUGUCCUGAGGACGGAGCUCCACACUCAGACAACAAUGAAGAGAAUCCGACUCCCGAGCAGCAGCGAGGACUCCGACAAUGAAAGUAACUCCACCUGCUGGUCCCAGCACUCCUCCCAGCACUCCUCCCAGCCGAGGAGGGGCACUGGUCACAAACCCUCCGAGGUGUUCAGGACGGACCUGAUCACGGCCAUGAAGGUUCACGACUCGUCCCAGCUGAGCACGGAGGACUACUACGUCCUCGCCGACCAGUGGAGGCAGGACUGGGAGAAGGGCGUCCAGGUCCCAGUCAGCCCCCAGUCCAUCCCGGAGCCUGUCGCCAGGGCGCUGGGGGAGAAAGGGAAGGAGGUGAUGUUUGUGAAGCCGAAGAAGCUCAUCCGGACGUCGGGCGCCGAGGCGUUGGGCUACGUGGACAUCCGGACGCUGGCGGAGGGGAUGUGCCGCUACGACCUGAACGAGGAGGACGUGGCCUGGCUGCAGAACAUCAACCAGGAGUUUGCAGAGAUGGCGAUGCCGCUGCUGGACGAGAUCACGAUGGAGCGAGUGAUCGAGGAGUUGGAGCACCGCUGCCACGAGAACAUGACGCACGCCACGGAGACGGAGGAGGGGCUGGGCAUCGAGUACGACGAGGACGUGGUGUGUGACGUGUGCCGGUCGCCGGACGGGGAGGACAACAACGAGAUGGUGUUCUGCGACAAGUGCAACAUCUGCGUCCACCAGGCGUGUUACGGCAUCCAGAAAGUGCCGAAGGGCAGCUGGCUGUGCCGGAUCUGCGCCCUCGGCAUCAUGCCCAAAUGUCAGCUGUGCCCCAAGAAGGGCGGAGCCAUGAAGCCGACCCGAAGUGGAACCAAGUGGGUCCACGUCAGCUGUGCCUUGUGGAUUCCAGAGGUGAGCAUCGGGAAUCCAGAGAAGAUGGAGCCCAUCACCAACGUGUCCCACAUCCCCAGCAACAGAUGGGCUCUGAUCUGCUGCCUGUGCAAAGAGAAGAGAGGAGCGUGUAUACAGUGCUCAGCUAAAAACUGCCGGACUGCCUUCCACGUGACGUGUGGCCUCCACGCCGGCCUGGAGAUGAACACCAUCCUCACCGAGGACGACGAGGUCAAGUUCAAGUCCUACUGCCCCAAACACUCCGGGCUCGAGGGCGCCGAGUCCAGGGACGGGGACUCGGGGGACGAGGAGGAGAAGGAGGGGGCCAGAGACAAGAAGGGCAGGAGGAGAGGCCGGGUGAGAGGGGAGGAAGACGCCGCCUCCUCCUCCUCUCUGAAGUCCUAUGUGCCUCCUCAGCUGGUGGACAGAGCGUCCAGCGAGGCGGAGGUCCUCAGCAGCCGGCAGCUGGAGAACAGAGUCAACCUCCGCAAGCUGAAGCUGCAGGAGAUGGAGGAGGAGUUCUACCAGUUUGUGGGGGUGGAGGAGGUGGCCAGUCACCUGAAGCUGCUGCCGGAGGUGGUGGACUUCCUCUUCCAGUACUGGAAGCUGAAGCGCAAAGCCAACUUCAACCUUCCGCUCCUCACGCCCAAGAAGGACGAGGAGGAGAGCCUGGCCCGCCGCGAGCAGGAGGUGCUGCUGCGCCGCCUGCAGCUCUUCACGCACCUCCGCCAGGACCUGGAGAGGGUGCGUAACUUGACCUACAUGGUGACUCGGAGGGAGAAGAUGAAGCGCUCGCUGUGGAGAGUCCAGGAGCAGAUCUUCCAGCAGCAGGUGAAGCUGCUGGACCACGAGCUGCUCACAGGAGACCCGUCAGCGAAGGACCUGGAGGAGAUCUUCUCUCUGGGCUCCAAGUCGCGCUCCUCCUGGAGCCACUCGGGACUCAAACCCAAACAAGGCUCUGUGAAGCAGGAGAGAAGGAGGAGCACCGACAGGAGGAGCUUCUCUGACUCGUCUCACAUUCACAAGAAGGAGAAUCUGAGCAAACAGCCGGAGACCAGGGACGGUAGAAGCUCCAGAAUCAAAGAGGCUGCAGGCGACGCCCACAUCCAGAACUCUGACAUCACUCAGGAGGUUCUUCUCCCAAAGCUUCAGGAGGCCAUCGCCGUCAAGCUGCACAAACCUGAGAGCAGGAAAGGGCCCAGGAGAGAGGCCCCGGGGCCCGAGCCCGAGGCGCUGACCAGAGGGAAGCGAGACAACGACCACGAGCAGGAGGAGAAGAGGAGGAGGAGGAGGAGCGAGGUGGUGGCAGAGAACCUCUCCAGUCAGGUCAAGAACAAGUUCGGGUCCAAGCAUCUGGAGAAAACCGUUUCCAUCCGGCUGGUGGACAUCAGAAGCUCGGACACCGACGACCUCUUCAUCGACGAAGGGUUGAGCCGGAGAAGCCCCGCCCCCCUGGAUGUGACCAGCAGCACUAAGUGUCCCCGAGCCGGCGGCUGGCUGAGGAGGAGCCAGGCCACCGGCUCCCACUCCUCCCACGGGGCCGUCGGCCACAUCCGAGGCUGGGGCAAGUUCAGGAUCCCUAAGAGGAGCGAGAGGCCUCUGACGAUGAAGGAGGAGGAGGAAGAGGAGGAGGAGGAGGAGGAGCAGGGCAAGCCGCUGCUGAGGCCGCUGAGCAACACGCCGGAGCCAACGUACGCCAGAACGCGACUCCGCACGGGGGGGGCGGAGCCCGACGGCUACGCCUCCGACUCCAAGCCGAGCGAGGGCGAGGAGGAGCCCUGUUUGAAACGCUGCCACUCCCACCAGCUGAGGGGCGACUCCUCCCUCAGCCGCCGCUACGGCUCCGACAUCAUCCGACGAGGCGUGCUGGCCUCCUGA